GAGCGUUGAGUUUGUUCUCUGGCUACCAAGCGGCACCGGCGAUCGGCUGAGCCUCUCUCUCUCUCUCUCUUCUACUUCUUUUCUCGAGAGAGAACGUAGUACGCUCGUCGAGUCCACCAGCCGUCGACCACCAUGGCCGCCAUCGCCGCCGUUGCUGCCGUUGCGCCGAGCACAUUCGCCGGCCAGACUGCUCUGAAGGAGCAGAGCGAGCUGAGCCGCCAUGUCGGCCAGUCCGAGUCUCGCGUUGUCAUGAGGAGGACCGUCAAGUCCAGCGACAGCCUGUGGUAUGGCCCCGACCGCCCCAAGUACCUCGGCCCGUUGUCCGGUGAGACUCCGUCGUACUUGACUGGCGAGUUCCCCGGCGACUACGGCUGGGACACCGCUGGACUGUCCGCGGACCCCGAGACGUUCGCUCGCAACAGGGAGCUGGAGGUGAUCCACGCCCGCUGGGCCAUGCUCGGCGCGCUCGGCUGCCUCACUCCCGAGCUGUUGGCCAACAGCGGCGUCAAGUUCGGCGAGGCUGUGUGGUUCAAGGCCGGCGCUCAGAUCUUCUCCGAGGGUGGGCUGGACUACUUGGGCAACCCCAACCUCGUCCACGCUCAGAGCAUCUUGGCCAUCUGGGCCUGCCAGGUGGUGCUCAUGGGCGCCGUGGAGGGCUACAGAGUGAACGGCGGGCCACUGGGAGAGGUGGUGGACCCCCUCUACCCGGGCGGCAGCUUCGACCCCUUGGGCUUGGCUGACGACCCCGAGGCCUUGGCUGAGCUGAAGGUUAAGGAGCUCAAGAAUGGCCGCUUGGCCAUGUUCUCCAUGUUCGGCUUCUUCGUCCAGGCCAUCGUCACCGGCAAGGGCCCGUUGGAGAACCUGAACGACCAUCUGGCCGACCCGGUCGCCAACAACGCCUGGGCCUACGCCCAGAACUUCGUCCCUGGAUCUUAGAUGUAUACAGUCUGUACAGGCUAGUCUACCACUAACCUACUAACAUCGCUCAAGGCAUUACUUGGAGGGGAGGUGACCGGAUAGCAGUGGCCUUCAGUCUUAGGAAGUCUUGGAGCCGCUCCGCGAUCAGCCUCACUAUUGGAGUCAACGUUCGCUGGAGCUGCUCUCAAUUGUAUUUAACACCUAAUCAGUGACAAUGCCGUGUGUAUAUAACACCUAAUCAGUGGUCCAUAAGAAUUGUAUUUAUGUUUACCAUAAUCUCCUUGGCUUGCAAAGUUCAGACUUUUAUUUGUCGUACUACAUUGUGGAGCAUUGCAUGCUUCAGGAAUACAGGAAACCUGGUCACAAUUUAUUUGAGUGC